AUGCCCACUCUGACCGCAUGGUCAAAACUAACAGAGCUCUCCCUGAGGCUCGCCCUCUCCUCUUUCCUCCUCUCCUCUCUGGCCUGGGCCGCUGACCUGCCGCCGGACGACUGCUUGCCGAGGCACUGCGGGAAUGGGGUCAACGUGAGUUACCCUUUCUGGCUGGACGGCUUCCAACAUUCCCACUGCGGUUUUCCUUCUUUCAAGCUCACCUGCCGGGCAGAUUUCCCAGUCGUCCGCAUCUUCGAAGAUGAUUACCACGUUCGGAACAUCUUCUACCGCAACCAGUCGUUCCUCGUCUCCAACGUUGGCCUCUCAAGCUCAACCUGCUAUGUGCCCCGCGAUAAUCUCUCGAUUACCGCCACUCCCUUCUCCAUCGUCCCGGCCCAGAGCAGCCUCUUCUUCCUCCUCGACUGUGAGCCGAAUUCGCAGCCUCCUGGUUACGUCCCCAUCAAUUGCCGUAAUGGAAGCAAGGGCCUGUCGUUCGUCGGUAGGGAUCAAGUGAACGCAUCGGCCUGUAAAUCUGUCAUUAGCUUCCCUAUAGUUGGCCUGGGGGAUGACGGCCUAGAGAAGUAUAAUGAUGCCCUGGAUAUCCUGAAACCUGGUUUUCUCCUGCGAUGGCGAGCCGUAAACUGCAGCGAGUGCCUGGAGAGUGGCGGAAGAUGUCGGUAUGAUGCCAAGCAGAGCAGGUUCUCAUGUCUCUGCAGCGACAGGUCCCAUGCUGUCAGCUGCAAAGGUCUGGUACUCAUGUUUUUACUUUCCUAUCUGUUCUAUGUUAAAAAUUUUCAAACUGUAGCUCGCUGGUCUCCGCAUGUUUGGAAUCUCUCUGCCCAUACAGAUUCCAAAUCCCUCUGA